CUUGUGUCUUCGCUCUCGUCCGCGGGGUGGAAGAGCACGGGCAGAGCCGGAGGCGCUCUUCGAAGCGCGAGCGUCGGGCAGCUCCGUCCCCCUCCAUCUCCUUUGCAUUGUUGCCGUUAAAAUCAAUGAACCGAGUUUUCUUUCUGGCCCAGAGCACCCACUAAAUCGGUUUGGAUGAUUCGCGAUCUGAGCAAGAUGUAUCCUCAAACCAGACACCCGGCACCUCAUCAGCCUGCUCAACCCUUCAAAUUCACCAUUUCUGAAUCCUGCGAUCGGAUUAAGGAGGAGUUUCAGUUUUUACAAGCUCAGUACCACAGUUUAAAGCUAGAAUGUGAAAAACUGGCCAGUGAAAAGACGGAGAUGCAGCGACAUUAUGUCAUGUAUUAUGAAAUGUCGUAUGGGUUGAAUAUAGAGAUGCAUAAACAGGCGGAAAUUGUCAAGAGGCUGAAUGCCAUCUGUGCCCAGGUCAUUCCGUUCUUGUCCCAGGAGCACCAGCAACAAGUGGUGCAGGCUGUGGAACGUGCCAAGCAAGUGACCAUGGCAGAACUGAACGCAAUCAUUGGGCAGCAGCAACUCCAGGCCCAGCAUUUAUCACAUGGACAUGGCCUUCCGGUGCCUCUUACUCCACACCCUUCAGGAUUACAGCCACCCACCAUUCCACCCAUUGGCAGCAGUGCAGGCCUCCUAGCCUUGUCAAGUGCCCUUGGGGGGCAGUCUCACCUUCCAAUCAAAGAUGAAAAGAAGCAUCAUGAUAGUGAUCACCAAAGAGACAGAGACUCCAUAAAGAGUUCAUCUGUAUCUCCAUCAGCAAGUUUCAGAGCCUCUGAGAAGCACAGAAACUCCACAGACUACUCUUCUGAAAGUAAAAAACAGAAGACAGAAGAAAAAGAAAUAGCAACUCGUUAUGAUAGUGAUGGUGAAAAGAGUGAUGAUAACUUGGUGGUUGAUGUAUCCAAUGAGGAUCCAUCAUCUCCACGAGGCAGCCCAGCACAUUCUCCAAGGGAGAAUGGCUUGGACAAGACUCGUCUACUCAAGAAAGAUGCACCAAUUAGCCCAGCCUCAAUAGCAUCUUCCAGCAGCACUCCUUCUUCCAAAUCCAAAGAACUUAGCCUUAAUGAGAAAUCUACCACCCCUGUGUCUAAAUCAAAUACCCCAACUCCACGUACUGAUGCUCCAACUCCCGGCAGUAAUUCUACACCUGGAUUAAGGCCUGUUCCUGGAAAGCCACCAGGAGUUGAUCCAUUAGCUUCAGGAUUAAGAACACCCAUGGCAGUACCAUGCCCUUAUCCUGCCCCAUUUGGAAUAGUACCCCAUGCUGGAAUGAAUGGUGAACUGACCAGUCCUGGAGCUGCAUAUGCGGGUUUGCAUAACAUCUCUCCUCAGAUGAGUGCAGCUGCAGCAGCAGCAGCUGCUGCUGCUGCCUAUGGAAGAUCUCCAGUGGUUGGUUUUGAUCCACAUCAUCAUAUGCGAGUCCCAGGCAUUCCUCCGAAUCUGACAGGCAUCCCAGGAGGAAAACCGGCGUACUCAUUUCAUGUAAGUGCUGAUGGUCAGAUGCAGCCCGUACCUUUCCCUCCUGAUGCCCUCAUUGGGCCAGGAAUUCCACGGCAUGCUCGGCAGAUUAACACCCUAAACCAUGGAGAAGUGGUGUGUGCAGUUACUAUUAGCAACCCAACAAGACACGUGUACACUGGUGGAAAAGGAUGUGUCAAGGUCUGGGAUAUCAGUCAUCCAGGAAACAAAAGUCCUGUCUCUCAGCUGGAUUGUUUGAACAGAGAUAACUACAUCCGCUCCUGCAGAUUACUCCCAGAUGGCCGCACCCUGAUUGUUGGUGGGGAAGCCAGCACGUUAUCCAUUUGGGACCUAGCAGCCCCAACUCCACGCAUUAAAGCAGAGCUGACAUCCUCAGCUCCUGCCUGCUAUGCUCUAGCAAUUAGCCCAGAUUCCAAAGUGUGCUUCUCUUGCUGUAGCGAUGGGAACAUUGCAGUAUGGGAUCUGCAUAAUCAGACCCUGGUCAGGCAAUUCCAGGGCCACACAGAUGGAGCCAGCUGCAUUGACAUUUCUAAUGAUGGCACUAAGCUCUGGACCGGAGGCUUGGACAAUACAGUGAGAUCCUGGGACCUGAGGGAAGGGAGGCAGCUACAGCAGCAUGACUUCACAUCCCAGAUCUUCUCACUGGGCUAUUGCCCUACUGGAGAAUGGUUGGCAGUAGGGAUGGAGAACAGCAAUGUUGAAGUGCUGCAUGUCACAAAACCAGACAAAUAUCAGCUACAUCUUCAUGAGAGUUGUGUGUUAUCCCUUAAAUUUGCCCAUUGUGGCAAAUGGUUUGUAAGCACUGGAAAGGAUAAUCUUCUGAAUGCAUGGAGAACACCUUAUGGAGCCAGUAUAUUUCAGUCCAAAGAGUCAUCUUCUGUACUUAGCUGUGAUAUCUCUGUGGAUGACAAAUACAUUGUCACUGGCUCUGGGGACAAGAAGGCUACAGUCUAUGAAGUUAUUUAUUAGAGACAAAUCUGAAUGAAAACAGUACUCCUCCUAGUAGCACUUUGCUGUAUAUUACUUUUAUUUUUCUGUUUCCCAAACUGAGGGAUGAAAAUGUUCAACACAGUUGUGGAAUUUUCCCACUAGACUUGCUAUUUAAUAGCAAGCAUUCAUUAAGAACAUGUAAUACCAAAUCUUCAGCUAUCUACUUGGAAGAAGAUGGAAUAAGCAUACUUAACAGGGAACUGACUCUUUUAAUUAUGUAACAUAGCUGUAAUGUAUUUAUUUUGUUAAAGAAAACUUUCUAACAAGGAACUGACUAAAUAAAGUAGUCUGCGUCUGCCUUGGAUUUGAAGAGAGAAGUACAAUAAUGUGUCUCAAAGAUCAUCUUCAUUCUUUCUGGAUGUUUUUGCUACAUUUCUUUGAAAAGAAAGAUGUGCAUCUUUGGGCAAUUUUGCAGUUACAAAGAUUACAGAAAAAAAUAUUUGAUACAUUCAUUGGAGAUGGCACUGAGAAGGGAAUGGAUUCCUACAUGAAUACAAACUAUAAAAGUGAGAACCUCAGAGUUAGAAUUUAGAAGAGCACUCAUUCUGAAGUGCAGAACAAAAUGGAUUUUUACUCAGAGAAGGACUUGCUUUAUUUACCGCCAGUUCUAUCCAAGUCUUAGUUGAACGUCCCUGAAAUGGACGCAGGCUGAGCCAUUGUGCCAGAAACCAUUGUGUUAUCUUUUUAUGUUGUUGUUGUUGCUGUUAAACUAUGACCUGUGACAUAUUCUUUUUGAAUGCUUUAAAAAAAAAAUCUUUAAGUCUGUGGAUCUGCUGAUGUACAGUGCCUUUGCUGCUAUGGAUCAAAAUCAAAAGAACUGUGUAGAUAAACCUUUAUUGUGUAAGUAGAAAAUUACUUAAUUUCAUACUAGAAAUGGGUUAAUGCUGCAAGUUAAAAUGGACUGUUCAUUGAAGUUCCAAAUGUGGUAGCAAAUAAUAAUAUUAAUAAUAAUAAUAAUAAUGUGUUAAGUGCUCAGUGUUUGAUGUUAUUAACAGUUUCGUAAUACUCUACAGUGUAGAAAGAUUUUGAUACUAAACUGUGUCAUUGUACAUAGUUCUAAUGCAUUGUAUUGACCACAAGUACUUCUAUAAUGGUAGAUUAUUGUUUGUGCAUUCAAACUUUUAAGCAUUAAACAUAAGUAACUUGUAAGAAAAGUUUUUUUUUCUAUUUUUUCCUUCUUUUGUGUGAUGCAAUAUGAAACCAUCAAACAGAUGUUACUGCUUUUUUAACUUACUCUAAGAACACGUGAUGUAUGUUAAAAGAUA